CCCGCCCCCUUUGCAGCUGCUGUUCGCGUCCCCACCCCGCUCGCUCGGCCCUUUCUGCACUGUCAUCUGCCCCGGUGAGGCUCAACUCCGUUGUGGGGCCGUCCGAAACGCUCCGGACCACAAGCCGGACUCCACCCAGCAGGGAGGGAAAGGAAACAGAUUGGGCAGAAUACCGAGCCUCACCACCAGCAGCGGAGCUGCAAGGUCUUCCGCUGAAGAAACAUCCAGAUUCUGAUGUCCAGGUGAACUUAGAUCCCUCCUGGGAGAGGUCAGUGUGUGGGACGCCAACCACCCCGCCCCCGCACCUCCUUCCCCCCAUAUCUCUCCUUCUCCUUGAUAUAGCCCAAACAUGGGCAACGUGCAGGAGCGGCCAUCGGAGAUCAUUGACCGAGAACGGAAACGGCUGGUAGACACGUUGCAGGCUGACUCUGGGCUGUUGCUGGAUGCGCUGGUUGCCCGGGGCGUGCUCACUGGGCCUGAGUAUGAAGCCUUGGAUGCACUGCCUGAUGCAGAGCGCAGGGUGCGCCGUCUGCUGUUGUUGGUGCAGAGCAAGGGCGAGGCAGCCUGCCAGGAGCUACUGCGCUGUGCCCAGCAUACCGUGCGUGUGCCAGACCCUUCCUGGGAUUGGCAGCACGUGGGGCCUGGGUACCGGGACCGCAGCUAUGACCCUCCAUGCCCAGGCCACUGGACGCCUGAGUCACCCAGUUCAGGGACCACAUGUCCUGGGCUGCCCAGAGCUUCAGAGCAAGAGGAGUUCGGAGGUCCUGAGGGCUCUGAGGCAGUGCAAUCUGGAACUCCAGAGGAGCCAGAACUAGAAGCUGAAGUCUUCGAAGCGGAGGAGCCGGAACAAAUGGAACCGGAACCAGAGGCAGAACCAGAGCCGGAGCUGGAGCCGGAGCCAGAGCCAGAGCCGGAGCCGGAGCCGGAGCCGGACUUCCAAGAAGAGGAGGCUGAGUCUGAAGAUUCCUGAAGGCCAGCAUCCAGACCUGUACAAGCCCUACCCGAGCUGGAUAAGACCUGGGAACCUGCCAGAGCUUGACUCAGUGCACCAAAACUCCAUUUACUGCAAAAUGAAUAAACUUGGGAGGGUUAGCCUGGA